AUGUUAUAUCAAGAAUCAGAAGAUUUAUCAACAUGUCCAACAAGAAUUCAGACUUUGAAACACGUACGUGUGUAUACAGAUGUAUGUUUACUGUUUGUCGAAAAUGAAUUGUCAUGGGACGAUGCCCAUAAAAGCUGCAAGAACCUAGGAGGAGAUUUAGUAACAAUAAAAGAUAGUGCAAAAGAAAAGUUCAUUUUGGAUUCUUUAAAAUUGGAACAUUGGAAUGCAGCAAAUGUAUGGAUUGGUGCUACAGACAAGGGAACUAGUGUAACAUACGGGCAUUUUGCAAAAGGACAAGGAAAUAACCACAACACCGGAUUUUUGUUUGCUGGUGGUUCAAACGAAGACUGUGCUCUGAUUAGACGUAGUGAUGGUGGCCUGUGGCAUGAUUAUCCAUGUCAUCCAAUCGUAGGGAAUAUAGGAUAUCAUUACACUUAUGCCUGUGAAUUCCCAAAAAUAAAAAUGGCUACAACGCUUGCUCCUAUGACCAACAUUUCAUCAUCAGCAACGACGACGGUGAUGUCGUCAAAAAUAACAAUGCCACAAACAACUGCAAUGUCUAAUGUUGAAACUCCAGCGCCAACAACUAUGCCGAAGGCUGAAACGCCAGCACCAACAACAACUAUGACUAAUGUUGAAACUCCAGCGCCGACAACAAUGCCGAAGGCUGAAACGCCAGCACCAACAACUACCAUGGCUAAUGUUGAAACUCCAGCGCCGACAACAAUGCCAAAAGCAGAAACUCCAGCACCAACAACUACCAUGGCUAAUGUUGAAACCCCAGCGCCGACAACAAUUCCAAAAGCUGAAACUCCAGCACCAACAACAAAUCUGCCUAAUAUUGAAACUCCAGCACGUACGACACCUCAGCCAAACAAAGAAACUCCUACCUCUACCCUUCCUCCACCAACGGCUAUAAUUGGGCGCAGGAGGCGCCGUUGAAACUCUAUUUAUUUCAUCUAUAAUUAUCAAUUUACAAAACAAUUGAAAUGUUUAUAUGAAACGACAAUGCCAUUGAUUAUAUGACCUAUAUUGAUUAUAUUUCUAAAUUGAAUAAGGCUAUCACAAUGAAAUUGUACUCAUCAUAGCAGUCAAAAUAUAAAAUAAUAAAUAAUUGUAAUAAU